AUGGCGCGUGCUGGGGCUUUUCUCUCACGGCAUUUGCUAACAUAUCAAGUAUACGGCGCCAAUACAAACGUGGGUAAAACGAUAUUCUCUUCACUCCUCUAUAGAGCCCAUACCGUAUCAAAUCCCAAGGCCAACCACUGGUACCUGAAGCCAGUUUCCACCGGGCCUGAUUGUGAGCGGGAUGAUAGACACAUCAGCCGCUUCGCUAGGCAUGUUUCGUGCAAGUGUUUGUAUACAUUUGAUCGGCCAGUGAGCCCUCAUAUUGCUGCCAUUGGCAAAAAGUGUCCCAAUGACCGAGAAAUAAUUGAGGCGGUCAGUCAGACCCUUAAUGGAUGGGCGCAACAUGGACAAGGACUCGCGCUUGUUGAGACAGCGGGAGGAGUUCUGUCUCCCGGUCCGAAUGGCACACCGCAAAGCGAUGUCUAUAGACCUUUGCGAUUACCUGUCAUCCUGAUCGCGGACUCAAAAUUAGGAGGCAUCUCAUCUUCCAUCGCCGCGUAUGAGAGUCUGGUACUCCGCGGAUAUGAUAUAGAUGCGGUUGCAGUGUUAGAGGAUAACUAUUAUCAAAACCACGAAUAUCUAGAGGAUUUCUUUGCCUCCAAGAAGAGUAUUCCAGUUCUGGUGUUUUCUCAGCCUCCAGAAAAGAAGUUGACAAGCAAUGGUUACCCUGCUGAGAACGAUGAGGAGGCAAUGUCAAAGUACUACGAGCAACAAGUUGAAAAGCUUGUAACAGAAAAUCACUCGCCUCUGUCUGGGUUUUUGGAUGGACUGUCCGAAAAACAUCAUUCCCGGAUAUCAGAGCUUGAAGCUAUGCCUUCCAAGGCUCAUUCGUCCCUUUGGUAUCCAUUUACCCAACACAAGUCAAUAACUUCAGGAGACAUCAUGGUAAUUGAUUCAGCGUAUGGAGACUGUUUCCAGACCUUGAAGGGCAAUUCUACAAAUCUUUGCUCGAACUCAACCACUUCUAACAUUACACCUGCCCAAACAGACACACCCAAUUUGUUACGCCCCACAUUUGACGGGUCUGCAUCAUGGUGGACGCAGUGUCUCGGACAUGGAAAUCCCGAAUUGUCGUUGGAGGCCGCGUAUGCAGCCGGCCGCUAUGGUCAUGUUAUAUUCCCAAGUGCAGUCCACAAGCCAGCCCUUUCCCUUGCGGAGGCAUUAAUCAAAAUGAUGGACAAUCCUCGAUUAACCAGAGUUUUCUACUCUGAUAAUGGUAGCACUGGGAUGGAGGUAGCUGUGAAGAUGGCUCUGAGGGCAGCGUGCAAGCGAUAUCAAUGGGAUUCCAGCAAGGACGACAUUGAGAUUUUAGGCCUACGUGGAAGCUAUCACGGCGACACUAUUGGGACAAUGGAUCUUUCGGAGCCGUCAAUCUACAAUAAAAGGGUUGAAUGGUACCGUGGCCGUGGCCAUUGGUUCGACUUCCCUACGGUAAAAAUGGUGCGGGGAAGAUGGAUUGUUCAGACCCCGGCAGGAUUGAAGGAAGCCUUGGGUCCAGAUGCAGAAUUUUCUACAUUGCAAUCUAUCUUUGACCUCGACCAACGCAGGAGUUCCGAGGCUAGCGGACGUUACAAAAUUUACAUAAAGAAAAUUAUAGAAAAUCUUACCCUCCGGGAUGGCCGUAAGUUUGGAGCUCUGAUCAUGGAACCAGUCAUCCUGGGAGCUGGCGGGAUGUUAUUCGUUGAUCCACUUUUUCAACAAUCUAUGGUUGACGUUGUUCGGGAAAACCCGGCCUUAUUUGGACAGGGACAAACUACACAACGAUCACGACAUCAUAAUACAUGGUCUGGCCUGCCUGUGAUUUUCGAUGAGGUUUUCACAGGCCUCUAUCGUCUAGGCCGAGUUUCCUCCAGUUCCUUCCUGGACACACAUCCUGACAUCUCGGUACAUGCCAAGCUACUGACUGGCGGACUCUUACCCCUUUGCGUAACUCUAGCAGGCCAGGAUGUCUUUGAGGCUUUUUGCAGUCCACAUAAAGCCGAUGCACUGCUGCAUGGACACAGUUACACUGCACACCCUGUCGGCUGCAAGGUGGCGGAAGCUUCGCUUCGCAUGUUGAGCACGGCGGAUGCAGAGAGACAUAGGAAGAUCCAACAGCGCAAUCAAAAGCAUGGCGAUCCUCUAACGGCCGCCGGGGACAUGGAUCGUGCGCUGAAUCGUGUUAUCGAUCAGAUGACCGAUCCACAAGGGCAACAGCAACAGUCGCGGCAAGUCUGGAGUAGCUGGUCCGAAGAACUGGUUCGCGACCUCUCACAUUCAGAACAGGUUGAAGGAGUGUUUGCUAUAGGCACUGUUAUAAGCAUUUCCCUUCGAAACCAGGAUGGUGGUGGAUAUGAUUCAAAUGCUGCAUCUGGCCUGCAGAGGAGACUAAGCGAGACGAAUCCUGACGGAUUUAAUAUUCACUGUCGUGUGCUGGGGAAUGUCCUGUAUUUAAUGUGUGAUUUAACAUCAGAUCUAGAUGAGUUGGCUAUGGUAAACAAGGCCCUUCGAUCUGCUCUUCUGUGA